AUGCCUGGAUCGUAUCCGAUGUACGCCAUGGGUCCCAUGGGGCCGGUUAUGGUCAACCCUCAGAUGUACGCCGCUUACAUGCAGAACAUGCAACACAUGCACGCCGCUCAAGCUGCCGCCGCUGGUGCCGCCCAGAAACCCGGCGCAUCAGCCGCAGCAGAUGGUGCUUCGGAGGGAGGUUCGGCAGCAGCAGGUUCGGCAGCAGCUGGAGGAGGCAUUGACGCGUUUGCGAGUCUGCUGGGCAGCACGGAUCGUGCUCUGCUGGCGAAAGCAGGGGAGGCUGCGGCGCAGAAGAUGCACGUGAAGGGCUUUAAGGGCCAGGGGGAGGCGGGCCAGGGAGCGACGGGGGAAACCGUGCCGUGCCUGGCGCUGCUCCAGGCUCAGUCCCCGGAGGUGCUUCAGGUGCGGCUCCAGGUGGAAUUCCAGGAGGAGGAACCGGAGGAGGAGGUGAAGGAGGAGGAGAGCAAGCAGGAGGGAGAAGCAUCAGUAGCAGCAGAAUCAGUUGCAGCUGCAGAGGCGGUAGCAGCAGCGCCAGGAGCAGCAGCAGGAUCGUCUCUUGAAGCUGAUGCGGAGGAGGAUGAUGACUUUGGUGAUUUCUCAUCUGUCCCGUCUUCCACCGCAGCCCCCACUGCCUCUGCCGAGUCUGCUGCUUCCACCGAACCUGCUGCUUUCGCCACUGCUCCAGUGGCUUCAGCAGCCGCUGUUCCUGCCGGUGUAUCAGCCGCAACGGCAGGGACAGGGACAGCAGAGGAGGAUGACGAAUGGGGGGAUUUCUCAGAUUCUUUUGCUCCAGCUCCUGCUGCUCCUGCGGCCCAGGCGAACCUUCCCCAAGCGGAUGCUUCCCAUACUCUCGCUUCCACUGCACCUGCUCCGGCCCUGGCAUUCGACCCAGAUGACGACUUUGGUGAUUUCUCCUCCUCCCCGGCAGUCCCCCCUGCUGCCUUCGCGCCUGCCGUUGCUGCGCCUGCACCCGCUGCAGCAUCUGGUCUGAGCAUGGCUGCAUCUGCCUCCUCCUUCCCUCCCUCCCAUGAUUCAACACCCCAGUUCCCUGCGCCAGGCUUUGGAGCCUUUGCCCCUCCUCCUGGCGCAUCUGCUGCUGCUCCUGCUGCUCCGCCUCCUGCUUUCGCUCCCCCUGCUGCUGCCCCCACAGCAGCUGUAAACAAGGAGAUCUCGUUUGACGAUGAUGACGACGAUUUUGGGGAUUUUGCAGGGAGUGUUGCUGUGAGUGGGAGUGCGAGCAGCGGGAGAGGGGAUACUGCCGCUACGGGUGCAGUCUCCGCUUCCCCGGAAUUUGUGGGGGUAGACCUCAGCAGCACUGCGGUUACCCCCGAUCCUUCGCUUCGCCUGGAUGAUUCGGGUGCUGGGAAUCCAGUGCUGGUGCCGAGUAAUUCAGUGGCGGCAGCAGCAGAAACAGCAGCUCUAGCAGCAGCAAUGUCCGAAACCCAUGCUGCCGCUGCCGCUGCUGCUGGUGGUGCUGCUGGUGCUGAUGGGGUUGCUUCUGCUGCUGCUGUUGGUGUUGCCGCUGGCCCGAUUCCCCUCUCCCUCUUUGGGGAUGACAUGGCAGUUGCUGAGCUGGAGAACGCUGAGCUGUCACUCGGGCCGUUCCCUUCCACUGGCAGCAGCAAGCCAUCAGACCAGGCCACCAGCACAGCCGCAGGCACGGGCAUGGAAGCAGCAGGUGCAGGUGCAGGCACGGGCAUGGAAGCAGCAGGUGCAGGUGCAGGCACGGAUGCAUCUACCACUGCUAGCGUUGCUGCUGCUGGCGCUGCUGGUACUGGGAAAUCAGGGAACUUGAUGGAUCUUCUGUCGUCCCUCUAUGGAAGCUCAUCUGCAGGCAUGGCAGCAGGCACAGGAGCAGCAGGAGCAGCAGCAGCAGGAGGAGGAGGAGGGGCAGGGGGAGCAGGAGCUGGAGGGAGGCUGGAAGGGGGCCGGCUAGGUCAGACGUUCUCAACGGGGCGGGUGCCUUUGGCCAUGGCGUCUGCGGCUGGGUAUGGCGGUUUGUUCGGCCUGCUCUCCCCAGGAACCCCCCCCACAGAUGUGCCUUUAAGGGGUUCAAUGAGUGAACAGGUGGGGCAGCGAGGUGGGGGGAGGGGAGGGGUGGGAGGGUCGCUGUCAGGGGAGAGUGGGGAAGGGUGGGAGGAGCAAGGUGACGGGGUUGCGGGCGGCACGGGUUUGUCCUUUGCUGCAGUGGACGGCGGUGGCAGUUCCACCGGUGGUGGCGGCGGCGACGGUUGCGGUCCUGGCGCUUCAGGUGCAUCCUACCGCAGCAGCGGCCUCCCAGGGGGCGGGCUGCAGGGCCUGGCAGCAGACCACGUGCUGCCCAUAGUGGGGGCUCAACUGGGGGAGGGCGUAUUCACUGCCAGCAUCACUGCCGCCCUAGAGUCCGUCCUUCAGCCCACAGUGAUACGCCUGCCAAACAAAGCUUCCCAGAAGCGGUGGGAGGAGACGCUACAGGAGCUAGCGGAAGGGGCGGCGAGUGUUGCACGGAAUGAGUUUGGGCGGCUGAGUGGGGAGCUGGUGAGGGAGGGGAGGAUGGAGGAGGCGUAUGCGUGCCGCCUGCAUGCUGCAGCGGUGCAGCUGCUGCCUGACUGCCAGGGGCAGUACUCCAUGGCUCUGGGGGAUGGGCGAGUGGAGGCCGCCGCUGCUGUGAGGGAAGAUAUCAAGCUGCUGCCGGAUUGCCAGGGGCAGUACUCUAUGGCUCUGGGGGAUGGGCGCGUGGAGGUAGCAGCGGCAGUGAGGGAAGACAUCAAGGUCAGAACCCUCUUUUGCUGCUCUCUCUCUCCCUUGCUCACUAGCAUGCUGCAGCGAGGCAGCAGCUGCAGUAAGGGAAGAUAUCAAGGUCCGUGCCCUCUCAAUCAAACCCUCAUGCUCUUCUUUACUCUCUUUGGCUCUCUUGUUGGCUCUCUUGUUGGCUCUCUUGUUGGCUCUCUUGUUGGCUCUCUUGUUGGCUCUCUUGUUGGCUCUCUUGUUGGCUCUCUUGUUGGCUCUCUUGUUGGCUCUCUUGUUGGCUCUCUUGUUGGCUCUCGUGUUGGCUCUCGUGUUGGCUCUCUUGUUGGCUCUCUUGUUGGCUCUCUUGUUGGCUCUCUUGUUGGCUCUCUUGUUGGCUCUCUUGUUGGCUCUCUUGUUGGCUCUCUUGUUGGCUCUCUUGUUGGCUCUCUUGUUGGCUCUCUUGUUGGCUCUCUUGUUGGCUCUCUUGUUGGCUCUCUUGUUGGCUCUCUUGUUGGCUCUCUUGUUGGCUCUCUUGUUGGCUCUCUUGUUGGCUCUCUUGUUGGCUCUCUUGUUGGCUCUCUUGUUGGCUCUCUUGUUGGCUCUCUUGUUGGCUCUCUUGUUGGCUCUCUUGUUGGCUCUCUUGUUGGCUCUCUUGUUGGCUCUCUUGUUGGCUCUCUUGUUGGCUCUCUUGUUGGCUCUCUUGUUGGCUCUCUUGUUGGCUCUCUUGUUGGCUCUCGUGUUGGCUCUCGUGUUGGCUCUCGUGUUGGCUCUCGUGUUGGCUCUCUUGUUGGCUCUCUUGUUGGCUCUCUUGUUGGCUCUCUUGUUGGCUCUCUUGUUGGCUCUCUUGUUGGCUCUCUUGUUGGCUCUCUUGUUGGCUCUCUUGUUGGCUCUCUUGUUGGCUCUCUUGUUGGCUCUCUUGUUGGCUCUCUUGUUGGCUCUCUUGUUGGCUCUCUUGUUGGCUCUCUUGUUGGCUCUCUUGUUGGCUCUCUUGUUGGCUCUCUUGUUGGCUCUCUUGUUGGCUCUCUUGUUGGCUCUCUUGUUGGCUCUCUUGUUGGCUCUCGUGUUGGCUCUCGUGUUGGCUCUCGUGUUGGCUCUCUUGUUGGCUCUCUUGUUGGCUCUCUUGUUGGCUCUCUUGUUGGCUCUCUUGUUGGCUCUCUUGUUGGCUCUCUUGUUGGCUCUCUUGUUGGCUCUCUUGUUGGCUCUCUUGUUGGCUCUCUUGUUGGCUCUCUUGUUGGCUCUCUUGUUGGCUCUCUUGUUGGCUCUCUUGUUGGCUCUCUUGUUGGCUCUCUUGUUGGCUCUCUUGUUGGCUCUCUUGUUGGCUCUCUUGUUGGCUCUCUUGUUGGCUCUCUUGUUGGCUCUCUUGUUGGCUCUCUUGUUGGCUCUCUUGUUGGCUCUCUUGUUGGCUCUCUUGUUGGCUCUCUUGUUGGCUCUCUUGUUGGCUCUCUUGUUGGCUCUCUUGUUGGCUCUCUUGUUGGCUCUCUUGUUGGCUCUCUUGUUGGCUCUCUUGUUGGCUCUCUUGUUGGCUCUCUUGUUGGCUCUCUUGUUGGCUCUCUUGUUGGCUCUCUUGUUGGCUCUCUUGUUGGCUCUCUUGUUGGCUCUCGUGUUGGCUCUCGUGUUGGCUCUCGUGUUGGCUCUCGUGUUGGCUCUCUUGUUGGCUCUCUUGUUGGCUCUCUUGUUGGCUCUCUUGUUGGCUCUCUUGUUGGCUCUCUUGUUGGCUCUCUUGUUGGCUCUCUUGUUGGCUCUCUUGUUGGCUCUCUUGUUGGCUCUCUUGUUGGCUCUCGUGUUGGCUCUCGUGUUAGCUCUCUUGUUGGCUCUCUUGUUGGCUCUCUUGUUGGCUCUCUUGUUGGCUCUCUUGUUGGCUCUCUUGUUGGCUCUCUUGUUGGCUCUCUUGUUGGCUCUCUUGUUGGCUCUCUUGUUGGCUCUCUUGUUGGCUCUCUUGUUGGCUCUCUUGUUGGCUCUCUUGUUGGCUCUCUUGUUGGCUCUCUUGUUGGCUCUCUUGUUGGCUCUCUUGUUGGCUCUCUUGUUGGCUCUCUUGUUGGCUCUCUUGUUGGCUCUCUUGUUGGCUCUCGUGUUGGCUCUCGUGUUGGCUCUCGUGUUGGCUCUCUUGUUGGCUCUCUUGUUGGCUCUCUUGUUGGCUCUCUUGUUGGCUCUCUUGUUGGCUCUCUUGUUGGCUCUCUUGUUGGCUCUCUUGUUGGCUCUCUUGUUGGCUCUCUUGUUGGCUCUCUUGUUGGCUCUCUUGUUGGCUCUCUUGUUGGCUCUCUUGUUGGCUCUCUUGUUGGCUCUCUUGUUGGCUCUCUUGUUGGCUCUCUUGUUGGCUCUCUUGUUGGCUCUCUUGUUGGCUCUCUUGUUGGCUCUCUUGUUGGCUCUCUUGUUGGCUCUCUUGUUGGCUCUCUUGUUGGCUCUCUUGUUGGCUCUCUUGUUGGCUCUCUUGUUGGCUCUCUUGUUGGCUCUCUUGUUGGCUCUCUUGUUGGCUCUCUUGUUGGCUCUCUUGUUGGCUCUCUUGUUGGCUCUCUUGUUGGCUCUCUUGUUGGCUCUCUUGUUGGCUCUCUUGUUGGCUCUCUUGUUGGCUCUCUUGUUGGCUCUCUUGUUGGCUCUCUUGUUGGCUCUCUUGUUGGCUCUCUUGUUGGCUCUCUUGUUGGCUCUCUUGUUGGCUCUCUUGUUGGCUCUCUUGUUGGCUCUCUUGUUGGCUCUCGUGUUGGCUCUCGUGUUGGCUCUCGUGUUGGCUCUCUUGUUGGCUCUCGUGUUGGCUCUCUUGUUGGCUCUCUUGUUGGCUCUCGUGUUGGCUCUCUUGUUGGCUCUCUUGUUGGCUCUCUUGUUGGCUCUCUUGUUGGCUCUCUUGUUGGCUCUCUUGUUGGCUCUCGUGUUGGCUCUCUUGUUGGCUCUCUUGUUGGCUCUCUUGUUGGCUCUCUUGUUGGCUCUCUUGUUGGCUCUCUUGUUGGCUCUCUUGUUGGCUCUCUUGUUGGCUCUCUUGUUGGCUCUCUUGUUGGCUCUCUUGUUGGCUCUCUUGUUGGCUCUCUUGUUGGCUCUCUUGUUGGCUCUCUUGUUGGCUCUCUUGUUGGCUCUCUUGCUGGCUCUCUUGUUGGCUCUCUUGUUGGCUCUCUUGUUGGCUCUCUUGUUGGCUCUCUUGUUGGCUCUCUUGUUGGCUCUCUUGUUGGCUCUCUUGUUGGCUCUCUUGUUGGCUCUCUUGUUGGCUCUCUUGUUGGCUCUCUUGUUGGCUCUCUUGUUGGCUCUCUUGUUGGCUCUCUUGUUGGCUCUCUUGUUGGCUCUCUUGUUGGCUCUCGUGUUGGCUCUCGUGUUGGCUCUCGUGUUGGCUCUCGUGUUGGCUCUCUUGUUGGCUCUCUUGUUGGCUCUCUUGUUGGCUCUCUUGUUGGCUCUCUUGUUGGCUCUCUUGUUGGCUCUCUUGUUGGCUCUCUUGUUGGCUCUCUUGUUGGCUCUCUUGUUGGCUCUCUUGUUGGCUCUCUUGUUGGCUCUCUUGUUGGCUCUCUUGUUGGCUCUCUUGUUGGCUCUCUUGUUGGCUCUCUUGUUGGCUCUCUUGUUGGCUCUCUUGUUGGCUCUCUUGUUGGCUCUCUUGUUGGCUCUCUUGUUGGCUCUCUUGUUGGCUCUCUUGUUGGCUCUCUUGUUGGCUCUCUUGUUGGCUCUCUUGUUGGCUCUCUUGUUGGCUCUCUCUCUCUCUCUCUCUCUCUCUCUCUCUCUCUCUCUCUCUCUCUCUCUCUCUCUCUCUCUCUCUCUCUCUCUCUCUCUCUCUCUCUUAAGCCCUCGUGCUCGAGGCAUGGUGCGCUGCGUCCGUGCCCUCUGUACUUGUGUGCUUCCCCUUGGCGUAAGCGAAUGGAAACAGUGUUGGGCAGCCCAGCAGCAGUGGAAGGGUGGAGGGAGAGGAGGAACGCAGCAGCGCCUUCAGUGCCACCAAGCCAGCACGCAGAUCAAGACGGUGGUGACAAAACAGCCACUGAAGGCAGCGAGGCAACCACCACCACAGAGGGUGGCAAGGCAGGCACAGAAGGUGGCGAGGCAACCACUGAAAGCAGUCUGGCUGGGAAUGACACCGGAUCUGAAGGGGCUGAGGGCGGUCUCACAGAGACAGAGGACAGCAGUUCAAUCUCACUGGAAGCUGCAGGAGCAGCACCUGCUACAGGAGACAGCAAGCCAGGGAGGGACUUGGUGUCUCUGCGGUGGGACGAGCGGUCGGUGGGGGAGAUGGGGGAGCUGCUGGGGCGCAGCAAGGGAGACGCCAGGGCUGCCGCUUUCGACGGGGAGUUCAAGCAAGAAGAUAUAUGUGAUCUGGUGAGUGCUGAUGGUGGGCAGAGGACUGGGUGGGGCACUGGUGGUGAGGCAUUUGUGGUCUCCUAUGUCUCCUCAUGCCAAGCUCCUAUGUCUCCUCAUGCCAAGAUCCUAUGUCUCCUCAUGCCAAGCUCCUAUGUCUCCUCAUGCCAAGCUCCUAUGUCUCCUCAUGCCAAGCUCCUAUGUCUCCUCAUGCCAAGCUCCUAUGUCUCCUCAUGCCAAGCUCCUAUGUCUCCUCAUGCCAAGCUCCUAUGUCUCCUCAUGCCAAGCUCCUAUGUCUCCUCAUGCCAAGCUCCUAUGUCUCCUCAUGCCAAGCUCCUAUGUCUCCUCAUGCCAAGCUCCUAUUUCUCCUCAUGCCAAGCUCCUAUGUCUCCUCAUGCCAAGCUCCUAUGUCUCCUCAUGCCAAGCUCCUAUGUCUCCUCAUGCCAAGCUCCUAUGUCUCCUCAUGCCAAGCUCCUAUGUCUCCUCAUGCCAAGCUCCUAUGCCGCCCGGGACCUCACAGCAGCACUGCUGGUGCACCGAAGGGCCGUCUUCUGGUACAACAUUCUCUCAGCAGUUUCUGCAGCGGAGGCGGCGUCGUUUGUCCGGUUGUGGGGGGCUGUGGCGGCGCGGUGUGCAGAUGUGCUAGAAGCAGCAGUGGGCGUGAAAGAGAAGGCUGCUGCUGAUGGGGCUGCAACGCUCUCUGCUCUGCUCGAUGCACCCAAAGCACGUGACUAUUUCGCAGCCAUCACCCAGACCUACGGCGUGCUUGUAGUCAUCGCUGCCUGUGCCCAGCUGCACCGACCCUGGCUCUCUGUCAGGCUCGGCACAGGCUCGGCAGGUCCACCGUCAGGUUCGGGUGAAUCUGGCAGCUUGGCAGGUCGGGGUUCUGGGGAGGGGGAGCAAGGGGGAGGGGAUGGGGAGGGCGAUAUUCUAUGGGCGCACCUGCUCAGGGGACAGGCAGCAUGGCAGAAUGGAGGGCUGGAAGCAGUGGCCAAUGAGGUGCUGCCACGUGUCAUGGUGCCGCUGUCAUGGUCGGACGUGGAGAAGGUGCUGGAGGGCGCUGAGCUUGCAGCGGUGCAACGGGCUGCUGAGCUGGCGCUGGAAGGGCGGCAGAGACACAUGGGGCUCGUGGGAGGGUCGGGGACUCUGCUGUGUGCUCUCACCCGGCUGCCCAUCUUUGCCUUCACAUCGGUGGCAGCAGUGGAGUGGUAUGGCCAUCGUUACUUGCUUCCUGUGGCCAACUUCUGGGCGAACCACAUUUCAAAUGCCAGCCCGCUGAUGCUUGUUGCUAGCUAA